CAACAACAACUAUCACCUGAAAAACGCUCCCACCUAAUUCAGACGUCUGGCGUGGAGGUGCGGUAAAAUAUCCCACCCCAAAGCCACCCCCCAAAUCCCCAACGCCAACCUCAUCUCUUUUUCUCGCCAGUUUUCAGUUUUGUCCUAUUCAAGCUUCCUUUCCAAAAUCUUAAACCCUUCCCCCCCAAUUCCACUUCUCUCUCCAAACCCUAAACCUCCAAUUCCUAAAUCCCUACCAUGGCAGUGGUGGCGCCGGCGCCGGCGCCGUCGGCGAUUAUACCCCAGGAACUCUACCCGGCUGAUGAGGAUUUAGCCUACGAAGAAGAGCUGCUCCGCAACCCGUUCAGUUUGAAGCUUUGGUGGCGUUACUUGAUAGCCAGAUCCGAAGCCCCAUUUCGAAAACGGGCCAUAAUUUAUGAGCGAGCCCUAAAAGCCCUGCCCGGAAGCUACAAGCUAUGGCAUGCCUACCUUCGCGAACGGCUUGAGCUGGUUAGGAACCUUCCAAUUACUCAUUCUCAGUAUCAAUCUCUGAAUAAUACUUUCGAACGGGCCCUUGUUACAAUGCAUAAAAUGCCUCGCAUUUGGAUUAUGUACUUAGAGUCUUUAACUAAUCAGAAGCUCGUGACCAAAACUCGUAGGGCUUUUGAUCGGGCGCUUUGUGCAUUGCCCGUUACUCAGCAUGAUCGAAUAUGGGCUCCUUAUUUAUUUUUCGUUAGCCAAAAGGGGAUUCCGAUUGAGACAUCGCUUAGAGUUUAUCGUAGGUAUUUGAAGUAUGAUCCUGGCCAUAUUGAGGAUUUUAUAGAGUUUUUGUUGAAUUCUGAGCUGUGGCAGGAGGCUGCAGAGAGGUUGGCUGGGGUUCUGAAUGAUGAUCAGUUUUAUUCGAUAAAGGGCAAGACAAAACACAGGCUGUGGUUGGAGUUGUGUGAUUUGUUGACUCAGCACGCUUUGGAUAUCUCUGGGUUGAAUGUGGAUGCAAUCAUUAGAGGUGGGAUUAGGAAGUUUACGGAUGAGGUUGGAAGGUUGUGGACAUCGCUGGCUGAUUAUUAUAUUCGGAGGAAGUUGGUGGAGAAGGCGAGGGAUAUUUUUGAGGAAGGCAUGACUACAGUGGUGACGGUUAGGGAUUUUAGCGUGAUUUUUGAUGCUUAUUCACAGUUUGAGGAGAGUAUGCUUGCUUUAAAGAUGGAGGAGAUGAGUGACAGUGAGCUGGAUGAUGAGGAAGAUAGUAAUGAGACUAUGGGUGGGGAGGAGGAAGAAGAAGAGGAUGAUCGUUUGGAUAUAAGAAAGUUGGAGAAGAAACUUAAAACGUUCUGGUUGAAUGAUGAUAAGGAUGUGGAUUUGAGGUUGGCAAGGUUGGAGCACUUGAUGGACAGAAGACCAGAACUGGCAAACAGUGUGCUGCUUAGACAGAAUCCACAUAAUGUGGAGCAGUGGCAUAGGAGGGUUAAGCUUUUUGAGGGUAAUCCCACGAAGCAGAUAUUGACUUACACAGAAGCAGUUAGGACAGUUGACCCCAUGAAGGCUGUAGGGAAGCCACAUACUUUAUGGGUUGCAUUUGCGAAGCUUUAUGAGACCCACAAGGAUAUUGCAAAUGCCAGGGUGAUUUUUGACAAGGCGGUGCAGGUUAAUUACAAGAAUGUAGAUCAUUUGGCUAGCGUCUGGUGUGAAUGGGCGGAGAUGGAACUCAGACACAAAAACUUUAAGGGUGCUUUGGACUUGAUGAGGCGUGCAACUGCAGAGCCAUCAGUUGAAGUCAAACGAAGAGUGGCAGCUGAUGGAAAUGAACCAGUGCAGAUGAAGAUUCACAAAUCCCUAAGACUUUGGACAUUUUAUGUUGACUUGGAGGAAAGCCUGGGAACCUUGGAGUCCACUCGUGCAGUUUAUGAGAGGAUAUUGGAUCUGAGGAUAGCCACACCCCAAAUCAUAAUAAACUAUGCUAUGCUGUUAGAGGAUCAUAAGUACUUUGAGGAUGCAUUCAAAGUUUACGAGAGAGGUGUGAAGAUUUUCAAAUAUCCACAUGCAAAGGAUAUAUGGGUUACUUACCUAUCCAAAUUUGUUAAGAGAUAUGGGAAGUCAAAACUAGAACGAGCUCGAGAAUUGUUUGAGCAUGCGGUUGAAGUGGCCCCUGCGGAGGUUGUAAAGCCAUUAUAUCUACAAUAUGCCAAGUUGGAAGAGGACUGUGGUCUUGCAAAGAGAGCCAUGAGGGUUUACGAUCAAGCUACAAAGGCUGUUCCAGCAGCUGAGAAAUUAAGCAUGUAUGAAAUCUACAUAGCUCGUGCAGCUGAAAUUUUUGGUGUUCCGAAAACAAGGGAAAUAUAUGAACAGGCAAUUGAAUCUGGUCUACCUGACAAGGAUGUGAAGGUCAUGUGCCUGAGGUAUGCUGAGCUUGAGAAGAGCCUUGGAGAAGUUGAUCGUGCUCGUGCACUAUACAAGCAUGCAUCGCAGUUUGCUGACCCAAGAUCUGACCCUGACUUCUGGUCAAAGUGGCAUGAGUUUGAAGUGCAGCAUGGUAACGAAGACACCUUCCGUGAGAUGCUUCGUGUUAAAAGGAGCGUUUCUGCAAGCUAUAGCCAGACUCACUUUAUUCUUCCUGAGUACUUGAUGCAAAAGGAUCAGAUGCAGACUCUUGAGGAAGCAAAGGAUGUGCUAAAGAAGGCUGGGGUUGCUGAUGAUCAAAUGGCAGCUCUAGAAAAGAAGUUGUUGCCAUCUGCUAAUGACGCUGUAACUAAAGAUUCCAAUCGCGUGCUUGGCUUUGUAAGUGCUGGUGUACAGUCCGUGGGUGAUGGAGCACCUAAGGAUACAGAAAAUAAGGAGGAUAUUGAACUACCCGAGGAAAGUGACUCUGAAGAUGAUGACAAGGUUGAGAUAGCACAAAAAGAUGUUCCUAAUGCUGUAUUUGGAGGUCUGAUCCGGAAAAGAGAAGAGACUGAUAACCCUGAAAACGGUGAUGAUGCAGCAGCAGGAAAAGAUGAGGAUGAAGGUCACCUUGGAGCCCUUGCAAGAUUUAAAAGAAGUCGAAACGCUUAACGUUGGUUUGGUUUAUGCCAUUUGACUUGUCUAUGAAGAUUAAACAAAAUUUUAGGUUUGCUUCACCAGUCAGUACCUGGUAAAGUGGAUUUUUUUGUUGUAUUCAGAAGCACUAUCAAAAGUUCACUUGUACAUUUUUCCCCUGCAUGGAGGCUUUGUUUGUUUUUUGUUCUAUGAAAGCAGAGUUGUGGACUAAAGAGCUGUUAAAUAGUGAGCCUGAUUUCUUUUACAAUAUAAACUGAUGCCUACUUACAAACCCUAGAGGUUUUCUUGCCUGCAUAUUUUGGAAUUUUUUCUUAAUGGUUUUUCAUUUAAGUGACUUGCAACUUUUUUCUCUUUCAUUUAAGUGGACUUGCAAUUUUUUUUUCCUCCUGCUUCCGGGAUUAGCUUUCGAGUAAUAUGUGCAUAUUAUAUGGUUUGAGUUGCUUUGGUGCUAGACAACAGUUUGGUUUAAGAUUGGGAAAAAGAAAUGUUAUAUGUGCCAAUUAACAAGGUUUUUGUCUGUUUACAUUUGGUGGUUCUCUUAGUUGUGGAAGAAGCGGGUUCAUCUUUGCUCUAGUCUUUGUGAAAUAUGUCCAACAUAGUAAGUCAAGAUCAUGCUAUUUCUUGUAUCAUGGGAUGUUGAUUGGUCUUUUCUUUCUUUUCUGAAUGGUGAGGUUUUUGGAUGUUUCUGUGCUUGUUUACAGUUUAUUCUUUACUUGGCUAAAGAGAGAGAGCUGGAGAUUAUACUGUGGUAUUAAAUCUUCUUUGAUUCAUAUGGCUGGACUGGAACCAGUAAAGCUAAUUUUGGUUGUAAUAGAGGUGCCUUUCUCCUCUGCUCCACGGUAUCUGCACCAUUCACCACUGUAUUUAUUUCCAGGUUAGUUGUUGGAGUAUAUCCUAAUGCUAGUGUUUUUAAAAAAAGGGUUUAGUUAUCAAAUAUGAAAUGAUAUUUUACUUGCCAUGUGCUUGUGCUUUGUACAUCACAGUUGCAUGCAUAUAAGUUCCAAUGCAGCUGUACAUGCAUAAGUUCCAUUUAAGUAUUGCCUUAUCCAUUUAAAAGCACACACAUAAAGUUGUUUGGGUGUGUGUUUACAGACAUAUCAUGAUGUAUGUUAUACUAAAUGUUUAUUAAAUUGGAUAUUGUCGCAUUCAAUAUGUAACCUGGUGCUUCUUUCCUAGAAUUGUAUUCUCCUGCUUGCUAACAAUUCUGAAAGUUUGCUGCUUUUCAACCAUAUAAUAUGCACUUGAGUUGCACAACUGCAGCUAUCAUUUAAUAGUUACGAGACUCUGCUGCUCGGCAUUGCUGCCCCUCUAUGCACGUUUUUAUUUUUAUUUUUUUUAUUAUUUAACUGCACACUUCAUUUUUCACUGUAUUUGGCAUUUUCUGAUUCUUUUACUGUUUUCAGUGUAAUUAUAGCAGGAGAUUUUUGUGGACUUGGAAAUAAAUGCAGGAUGAGUAUUUUCGGUUCAGGUUGUGACACCAUGUGUAUGGUACAUCUAUGUCCUUGUGUAGUUUUUUCUGUGGUUCUUUCUCUGUGCUUGUUGUGGUUAUUCAUCUUGCUCGACUUAUAUGGCUGGAAUUAGUUUGUUCUUUUCUGACAUAGAUUAGUAUGUUAAUCGAUAUUCCUUCACUUUUUCUUUGUGUUGCCUCUAUCCAGUCACCAGUUCACUGCUUUUCUCGGUUAUGUUCUGUGCUAAUGCACUAUUCCUUUAUUUUCUUGUUUUAAUUUUCAAUGGAACAGAUUUUCAAACUGAAAUAAGUGAGUGCCUGCCAAUUUUGCAUGUUGGUGCAGGUUGUAGAGAUAAUACUCGUAAAUCUAGUGCAACUAAUGCAUCAUCUAUUAAUAACAGAUAUCUGCAUAUUCAUGCUGCUUCUCAUAGACAUGCUAUAGGUGUUCGAAGUUUGAUAUUGUUUGUAUCCUCUGCAUAACAUGAUUCCUAAUUGGUGAUUUUUGGUUUUGGUAGUAUUUCAAAGGCAGUGAGUAAGUUACAGGCCAGUAAGCAUUGUGUUGCAUCCGGCAAGGCUGAGCUUUCAGAUGUAGUAAGAGUUGUGCUCUUUGGAUUUGUUGAUUUGUUGGUUCUUAACAAGAAUGCUGAAAAAGGGAAAGUAAUGUGUGUCGAACUUGUCAACUUGCAAAAUUAUCUAUCUUGUGGAGAUGACUUUGAAAGAAACUUUGGAAAAAAAAAAAAAUUGCGAGUCAAAAGAAAAGGUGAUUUAGCAACAUUGGCAAUUAUGUCUUCGAUCAUGUGGAAGUCAGAUUUAUCAGUUCUGAUAAUUUAUACUGUCAAAGAUCAGCUUUUAACACUGGUUGCAGUAUUAAUUUUUCCCAGUUAACCAUUGGUUAUAUGCUAUCUUUUGCAUGUUGCGCGUGAUGGAUGGUUAGAGGGACGUGAUCACUUGAACUCUUUGGCUUCUACAUCUGAGGGAGGGAGGGAAGGCAUCAUCACCUUGACAUGCUUCAGUCACGCCAUCAGGGAGUUCUUUGUUCUAUUCUUGUGCUUAUCUAUGUAUUUGGAUGAGAAGGAUUUGAAAUCUGGAAUAAAAAAUUCAGGUUUUCUAUGAAAAAGAUUGGGA